AUGGCUUCCCACAGACUUUGGGCGACAUCGCCCCUCUUGCUGAUCGUCGUGCUACUGCAAACCGUCUCGGCUCAGUUCUGCUCUUUUUGGAAUAAUGGCUGCAUCGACUCCCUCGCUCAGACAGCCAUCCGCUUCGACCUCGAACCACUCUUCCCGGAUCCUGUCACGCUAUAUUAUGGAUUUGACGCAAGUGUCUCGGGCAAGGGUGAAGGCCCCAUGACCAAGACCGCGUUUUGGUUGGGAUAUCAGAAUAAUGUCAACAGGGAGGCUGUUGACUCAAAUCGGACGUCGGAGAUCGGGAUGCGCAUCGGAAAUCUGACAGGCACGCCGUCAGGUACAAAUAAUGGAUGUGAUGGGAUCUGGGGACCUGAUUGCUCGUCGGAGUUGAAGGGGGUUUUGCAGCGAUCUAUGUAUCAUCUGGCUCUGUCGGGUGAUUAUUAUUCCAAGCCGUUGGAGGUUGCUCUCAAUCAAAUGUUGAUGAAACCGCCGCCGCUUCCCUCUUGUCCGCCGCCUGUUCUCGAUGUGGCAUCUAUUCCUGUGCAGGAUUUCGCCAAAGAACGUGUCCCCGAUCAGAAUGUUACCUUGAUGCCACCUGGCUCUGGAGCCGCCCCUUGGCAGGUCUGGUAUAUUGAUGGCAUGAACGCCCGUCAACAAGCUAACCAGGUCGCUGUUGGAAUCAUUAGUCGCGGGCCUUCAUAUAACAGCGCACCGCCCGACAGCCCUGACGAUAUCAUGGUCGAGCUGGUUUGUCUCCAGGCACCCUCGAGCGGAUCAUCAAAGAGUGGUCAUGAUUAG